AUGAAGACAUUUCUUGUGUUUGUCUGCUUUUUGGUCCUGCUGAUCACUGUUACAGACACUUCACCCAUUUUGUCUGAAAAAGAUGCCAAACAGAUGCUGAGGACUCGUCGUGAAGACAGACCAAGAAAAGCUGGUUUCCCUGAUGAACCAAUGAGGGAGUAUAUGCUUUACCUCCAGCGCUUGGAGCAGAGAUCAGAAGAACAAUUCCUUGAACACUGGUUGAAUCCUCAUUGCCUCCCACACUGCAACAGGGACCUGGUGCAUCCAAUCUAAUGGAUUUGCCUAUCCUGCAACUGAUCUCCACAUGGAUUUAUACAUGAUUGUGUUAAGGAGGACAAGAUUAUUCCUGCAUUGGCUACAUGCUCACUGUAAGCAGAACCUCUCUGCAGUACAGUGCAAUCCUCAUGGUACAGCAGAACUUCCAGCUCUAAGUGGCUUGAUGAGUUUUAGACCACCAUGUAUUUUCUACUAGCAGUGAUUGCAUGCAUGCAUAACUGAAUUGAGGGUUUCCACAGUUUCUGAGGCAUGGGCAACUGAUCAGUCCUGGAGUAUCCUUUUAAGGGCACAAGUAAGACUGUCUGAAGCAAAAGGAACCUGGAGGGAAAGGUCAGUAGAAAAUUGCAGAAUACCAACAUGAAGAGAAGGGCAGCUUUCUGGGUUUUGGAGGAAACCUUA